AUGGAGGAGGGAAAGACUGAGCCGCGAGUCGUUAUCCACGACUACGACAAGCGCACUUUCCCCUCAACUUUUAGUAUAAGGGGCGACAUCUGGAAGGUUGGAGAGCAUGACAUUACAAACCAUCCUGACCAUGUUCAAUUCAUCCACGAUGUCAAACGCAUCCUCGGGCGCAACUCCCGGGACGGGCGGCUAGAAGCGGACAUCAAGAAAUGGAAUCUGCCUUUUGAGCUGGAUGACGAUGGCAACCCAUUUUGCCGAGUCGGUAAUGAACAAGUACGAGCGUGUGAGUUUGUGGCCCUGCUUCUCCUAAGAGCCCAAAAGAUCGUCGAGGACGCAACAGGUAAAAGGGUGACGAGCUGCGUGAUUACUGUGCCGGCGUACUUUACGGACUCGCAACGCCGAGCUACCCACGACGCCGCCACAAUUGCCGGGAUGGAAGUGCUUCGAAUUAUGAAUGAGCCGACGGCGGUAGCUGUGGCUCAGCUCCGGGAAGGCGAUAAUAAUGGCAAAUUCUUAAUCAUCGACGCUGGUGGGGGAACAAGUGAUUGCUCGAAGGUCAACCUAUCAACCAGCCAUGGUAAAAAGACAUUCGUUGUCGAAGCCACGUCGGGAGAUAAUGCGCUUGGAGGACAUGACUUUCUCCAUGUUCUAACCAAACUGCUCGAGAACAAAGUUGAUACUGUUCCAUACAAUGAGCUCAUGGGCUUGUGUGAAUUAGCCAAGAAGCAGCAUGAUGAUCCAAUUGUUAUUCAAGUAAGGGGAAAGCCAUACAACAUUACGCAAGCCAAGUUCAAAACAGCCCUCCAGCCCUAUUUACAGAGGGUGGGCAAGCUCAUCAAGGAAGCUCUUGAGGGCGAUACCCCGAAAGCCGUGAUACUCGCUGGGGGGUGUUCCUGCCUAAGGCCUUUUGAAGACUUCGUCGACCGGGUGCUCAACGAUACCAAGUUCCUCCCUCGGCGCCCGGCAGCUGAAGUGGUCGCUGAAGGGGCUGCCAUAGUGGCCAAGUCCAAGAACAUUGUCGUCACUGAGGUUCUGAGCCGGAGUUUGGGCAUUAACACUCAACAUAAAGACAGCCAGAGAGAUGAUGUCAUGGAAGUCGUGCUAAAGCGAAACACUCCCCUUCCAGCCAGUUACACUAUGGCGUUUACCGCCAUCCAUGAGAAAGAGACUGAAAUCCGAUUAUACGAGGGCGAACAUAGAAAAUCCUCGGAAAACAACUUACUGGGCGUAUUUGGCAUUGCCGUGUCGGCCGGACAGGAAAUCAAGGUGACGAUCAGUGCAACUCGCGACGCGAAGGUUCACAUUAAGGCGAUUACGGCACAGAAGUCCGAGGAGUUAACGGUGAAGAGGAAGGGGUCUGAGUUGACAGAUUCAGAGCUUCAGACUAUGGGACAGAAAGCGCGACAAAGGUUGGCCUCAGGCGAAGUUAGCCGAGUCAUGACAAGGAAACGCAAGAAGGGCCGACGCUAA